AUGAGUGCUGCGCGGAUUGAUAAGACCAUUAGAAGACCCACUUUCUACGGACCAGCAUGUCACGUGCGACGGAGGAACGUAAGCUGAAGCAUCUUUUCGACGGAGGCGCGUGGAAUGUCUACGAGCCAAACGUCCUCAAUUUGGGCGUCGGGUCUCCGGGCACUGACCUCCUCGAGUCCUGCUGCGAUAUCUUUCAGCAGGCCACUGAACAUUGUCUGCAACAUGAAAAGAAGGAAAAUCAGUCGCUGAUCUUUCAGUACGGACCCACAAAUGGCUGCUUUGAGGUGCGGCGUGAGAUAGCACAAUACUUGAGCGCCAUGUACGACAGCCCUGUAAACUGUGAGGAUUUGAUUAUUACGGCUGGCGCCACAAACGGCCUGCACUUGCUGCUGUCGACAUUGAUUGACUUCCAGGGCUAUAUAUUCGUGGAUGAGUUCACCUACAUGAUAGCCCUGGACAGCAUGAAGCACUUUACCAGUCUAACCAUCGUGCCAGUCAAGCUGAAUGCAGAUGGCGUUGAUCUGCGGGAUCUGGGCGAGAAGGUGGCGAAGCAUAGAUUCAGCUCGUCGAGCAAGGAGUUCUGGGGAAUGUACUACACCAUUCCGACCUACCACAACCCCACGGGCAUACUCUUCUCGCCAGAGGUUUGCCGCGGCAUUGUCCAGCUCGCGAGGAAGCACGACUUUCUUGUUGUGUGCGACGAUGUGUACAACAUUUUAUACUAUGGUGAGAGGCCUGAGGCGCGCCUACUUGCCUAUGAUGCUCGGACGGAUGUCGACUAUGCUGGCCAUGUCGUAUCCAACUGCAGUUUCUCCAAAAUUCUUGGCCCUGGCCUGCGUCUGGGCUGGUUGGAGGUGCCGCCGCGCAUAAAGCCUUUGCUGGAGGGCAGUGGCUUUGCGAACAGCGGUGGCUGCUUCAACAACUACACCGCCGGCAUUGUGGGUAGUCUGUUCAAGCUAAAUCUUGCCCAACAGCAGAUAGCUCGCUUCCACGAGACCUACAAGGAGCGCAUGCUGGCCACCACAGAGGCCCUCGCAGCGGCGCUGCCGGAGGGCUGCAAAAUGUUGAGCCCCAGCGGUGGAUACUUCAUUUGGAUACGUCUGCCGCAGCCUCUGGAUGCUAGAGAGUUUCUGAAAUACAGUCUGGAGCAGCAGAAGAUUGCGUUCAUAGCUGGGCCUCGCUUCGCGGCGGAUGGUGAGAGUGGUAAGCAAUUCUUUCGUUUAUCCAUUGGCUUCCAUGGCAAAGCGAAGCUUGUAGAUGGUGCACGGCGACUCUGCCAGUCACUUAAGGAUUAUAUGAUGUCCGUGACCACUGCCUAGAGCCCCAACACAAUCUAUCCCAACGCAAGGCGUAUCUUAAUAUGGCAAAAAGGGUUUAUGUUUAUUCAUAUUUUGUUGUCUGCUAUCAUCGCACGUUAAAUAAGGCUUAUAAAGAUGUGACUUGGCACUAAACUAGAUACUUAUCAAGAUUAUUAUAAACUACAUUAUGCGUUAUGAAAA